AUGGCUGAAGAAAUGCUCCGAGAGGUGGACUACAUCCUUGAAGUGGAAGAGCAGCGCAUCGAGGACCAACUGCUGUCCAUACUGGGCAACGAGACCCACCCUGUCAACGACACACUGGGCUUCAAGUCCACGCGUGCUCUCCCGUGGCACGAAGUGCUCAUGAUCAUCAUCCUCGCAGUCAUCACGCUCAUCACAAUCGUCGGCAACGUGCUCGUCAUCCUGUCCGUGUUCACCUACAAGCCCCUGCGAAUGGUACAGAACUUCUUCAUAGUGUCUUUAGCUGCCGCGGACCUGACAGUCGCCCUGCUCGUGCUCCCGUUCAACAUCGCCUACCUCAUCCUCGACGGCAAGUGGAUCUUCGGCAUCAUCGUCUGCGAGAUGUGGCUCACCUGCGACGUCAUGUGCUGCACGGCGUCCAUCUUGAAUCUCUGCGCUAUUGCCUUGGAUCGCUACUGGGCCAUCACAGACCCUAUCAACUACCAGCAGAAGCGAACUCUCAAGCGCGUGUCUUGGAUGAUAGCCGGAGUAUGGGUGCUUAGUCUCAUCAUCUGCGCUCCGCCGCUCAUCGGCUGGAACGACUGGCCCGAGAACUUCGACGAAAACACGCCGUGCACGUUGACGCAGGAAAAGGGAUACAUAAUCUACUCAUCUUCCGGGUCUUUCUUCAUACCCUUGGUCAUAAUGAGUGUGGUGUACCUGAAGAUCUAUCUCGCGAUGCGCACGAGACUGCGGCGCAGAGCCAAGGCGUCUCAGCUGCCGAAAACCGCGUCGGCAUCCCUGCCUUUGCAAAAGCGACGCGCGAAGGGACGAAAAAGCUCGGGUUCUGAUGAACACGUCGACACUAGUCACGUUCGCAGACACUCGUCACUCGAGGAAGGAUUGGAGAACGGAUGUUCUUCGCAUCCGGCUCUCACGGCUGCUGCUCGCAACAUGGCACAGACAGCCGCCAGCAACAAUAACACCACCGGCGAUGGACAGCAGAAGCGGCCAACGAGCGUCUAUCAUUUCAUAGAGCAGAAGCAAAAAAUUUCGUUGAGCAAAGAGCGGAAAGCCGCGCGGACGCUCGGUAUCAUCAUGGGCGUGUUCGUGGUGUGUUGGCUCCCGUUCUUCCUUAUGUACGUCGUGUGCCCGUUCCUGAACGUGGUGCCGGAUGAGUACUUGGCCCAGUUCAUCACCUGGCUCGGUUAUAUCAACUCCGCUCUCAACCCGGUCAUUUACACCAUCUUCAACGAGGAGUUCCGCAAGGCCUUCUCGAAACUUUUGCGGUGCAAACUCUGA